ACAGGCUGAGGGCACUCGGUUUCCCAGAAGGUCCAGGAGGAAUAGGAUCGCCUCCCCCGAGGGCUCGGUGGGGCUGUGUGGGGUCAUGGCGGUGCUGGUCCUGGUCCGCUCUCCGCUGCCGCGGCUUCGCGCUCUGUUCCAGUGCUGCUGGGGGCGGCUGGAGCGCGGCCUCUGGCCGGGUGUCUUCGGGGGCCAAAGCCCGCCCUGGGGACCAGCACUAGCUGUGCAAGGUCCGGCUCUUAUUCCACAAGGGAUCAAUGACACCGGCGAGAGCAGCACCAAGGCGCCAAGCCUGCUGGAGAGCGUGAUGUGGAUGGCGGCGCCCAAGCAGAGGCGCACGAUCGAGGUGAACCGCUGCAGGCGGAGGCAUCCCAGCAAGCUCAUAGAAAUAAAGAGGAACAUAGAUGUUUGUCCUGAAUGUGGAAACUUGAAGCAGAAACAUGUCCUUUGUGGCUAUUGUUAUGCAAAGGUCAAAGAAGAAACUCGACUGAUACGGAUGGAAAUAUACAAGAAAGAAGGACGACCAUUUAAUGCUCCAACUGUAGAGACUGUUGUCCUUUAUGAAGGAGAAAAACCCACAGAAAAAGAUGAAGGCAAGCGGAUCAUUGAAAGAGCCAGGAAGCGUCCAUCUUGGUUUGUUCAAAAUUGAUGCUUCAAAUUAAUGGUAGCAAAAGCAGCUGCUGCAGGAAGAGCGUUCAUGAUUUUCAAGAAUGUUUUUCUCGUUCACUCAGUGUGAACAGAACUCCUCUGAACUUUUGGGAAGCCUGUUUGCAUUUUGUGUUGUGCCAUGUGAUUUUACAGUCAGGCGUUGUUUCUCCAGCAGGCAGUGGGAAGUGCUUCUUGUGAUAUAUCACAGAAGUCAACAGAGAGAAAUCAGGAUCUGCCUUGGAUUUGGGUAUCUGCGUACUGUACCCUGAACAAUUUGUAUGCUAAUGUUCUAUGCUGGUUUUGUAAAUAACAUCUUUUAAAUUCAUGGCUGUACAAUAAAAUUUGUUAAGUGUCCCAGGGAAA